AUGGCUGAUUUGUUUCAAGAAAUAUUAAAUCCGCCCAACUCAGCUGACCGUCGUCCGAAUGACAAGGCUCAGCCUGACCCUGUCGCCCUCCAGUAUCUCUCUACGCUGGCGUCUAUGCCACUUUCUCAACUGAACGGGUCCGAACAACAAUCUCUAGCUCAAUCUUCUCAUUCGCUACUGCUUUCAUUACAGGCCCUUUCUAAACGCUCUCACAAGUCUAUCAUCAGCUCAGCAGCCAACCAUUCCCACCUCGGCACCGCACUUCCUACUCUAGCAGCCUCGGCUACCGAUCUAACAGCUGCUAUCCCCAAAUUAGAUAAUGAGGCAGUUCGUUUUUCAACCACUUACCACAAAUCCGGAGAUAAUGAACUGCUUAAUGCUCGAAAACGAGCUCUAUUGUUGUCGAGGAAUGUCGAGCGUUUAGUCGACGUGCUUGAUCUCCCUACCUUACUCUCUACCGCCAUCUCUACUGGCUCGUCUGCUCCGGCUGCCAAUUAUGCAUCCGCACUGGAUCUGAAUGGCCACAUCCGCCGGCUGCAUGGAUUAUAUGCCGGCUCGCCUUUAGUGUCGUCCGUUUCCGCGCAGGCUGACGAAGCUAUGCAGGCCAUGGCCAAGAACUUGAUUAUGGGCUUACGCGCACCCGGCCUCAAGCUAGCGUCGGGCCUGAGAACUGUUAGCUGGCUCCGGAGAGUCAUACCAGAUCUUGAUACGACCGGUGCCACCGGCAAUGGCGGAGGGCUGGGGGCUUUAUUUCUUGUAUGCCGUCUGUCGACGCUUAUCAACAUGCUCGCUGCUUUAGAGCCACUCCGUGAGCUGGCGGAACAAGAAAGGGCACGGCAACGGCAAAACCCAACGGGGAGUGGGUGGUCAGGGGGGCAACAAACCGAGCGAUAUCUCAAACGGUACAUAGAGAUAUUCAGAGAACAAAGUUUUGCCAUCAUCUCAAUGUUUAGGAGUAUAUUUCCUACGCAUACGAAUGAAACGACAUUAAAAACAGCCGACGAUGACCCUUUGCAACCUGUACCUUCCGCGGCAUCAACGUUCUUAUUUCACCUUAUCGAGAUGUUAAUGGAGACUCUCCGGGUUUACCUGCCAACCGUUAAAGACCAGCCAUCUCGAGACAGCCUAUUGACGCAAGUUCUCUAUUGCGCCGGGAGUCUUGGACGUCUCGGAGGAGAUUUUGGGGUCUUGUUAGCCACGAUCGAUGUUGGAGAAGAAGCAGAAGACGAAUGGGUCGAGGUGGUUAAGCGCCACCGGCUCAUGGCGGGCCGUCUAGAAUCGAUCGUCGGCAGUAAAGAUAAAAGCGCCUCAGAUCACAUUAAAGCAUAA